UUUCCGCCUAUUGUCUCAUCACUUUGUUGUGUAGCCCCAGUUUCCCCCUGUUCGCCCCCCUGCUAUUAGUCUGCUGGAAGGCUGCCUGUCUUGGCAUUAUAGGAUCUUGUUGUGUUUUGUCAGGCAGCCCUGUCUUCAUAAGCCACUCCAUAGGGGUUAAUUAAGGUGCAGGAUGUACAGCUUUAUGGGUGGAGGGCUGUUCUGUGCAGGCGUGGGGAACAUCCUCCUGAUUGUUUCCACAGCAACCGAUUACUGGAUGCAGUAUCGGCAGUCCGGCAACUACAUGCACCAGGGCCUGUGGCGCUACUGUAUGCCGAUGAAGUGCUUCCCGCACAACGACAGCAUCGCACACAUGGAUGCGACCCGCGCCCUCAUGAUCCUUUCUCUUCUGGCCUGCUUCUUUGGCAUCAUCAUCGGCAUCAUGGCCUUCAUCCAUUACUCCUCCUUCGACCGGUUUGACAAAACCUUCGCUGCAGGCGUACUGUUCUUCAUCUCAUGCUUUUUCGUGUUUCUAGCAAUGGCUGUGUACACUGGAGUCACUAUUAACUACUAUGGGAAACGCUAUGGAAACUGGAGGUUCUCCUGGUCAUAUAUCAUUGGCUGGGUGUCAGUGGUGCUCACCUUCUUCUCAGGUAUAUUCUAUAUGUGUGCCUAUCGGAUGCAUGAAUGCCCCAGGAAUGCCAGCUCGCAUUAGAGGACUGAAGCGAUCAUCCAGACUUAAGCCAUGGAUUCUGAUCAUGAGGGAGUGCAUCAAGGCUUUGUGUUGAUUCUCCUUUUGAGCAUGAACGACGAUUUCAAUAAAAGCUGGGGUAAAACGUGA